UGUUUAUAUUUUGACAUUUUUCUACGAAUUCAUUUAUGAGUUCAUAUUUGUAUUUCGUAUUUUUGUUGAGCAUUGUGUAACAUUUAUUUUGUCGCAAUGAAUUUAAUUGACAAAGCUGAAAGAGAAGAACAUCGUAAAGAUAUGGCCGUUAUUGAAGAGAACCAUACCAGAAGGCGGUCCAGAUUCCAAAAUCUCCAAAGGUUAUUGCACAAAAACAGACAAGAAAGUCAACUUCUAGAAAAAGUUCAUCAAAAGGAGGAGGAAAUGGUUGCUCAUGAACAAAAAUACAAAUUGGAUGAGGCAUUAGCUACUGAGCUGGAUAAAAUAAAAAGGGAGAAACAUAAAGAUGAAAGUUAUAGGAGAAAUUUAAGAAAUACAUCUCAUGAAUUAUUAGAAUUGGAACAGGUGUUGAAAAAUGCUUAUAUUCAUAAAGAACUGGCUGCACAAAUUGAGUAUAAACGAGGCGAAAGAUUAUAUGACAAGCUAAAGGCAAAGCAAGAAUUACAAUUGAUAAAUGCAGCUCGCAUAAAGGAAGAAGCUGUUCUUAGGACACAAGCUGAGGAACAUGUUAAAAAAGCACAAAGCUACAGAAAAGAUCUGCAGGACCAAAUGAUUUAUCAAGAGAAAAUGAGAAGGAAGAAAUAUGAGGAAUAUUUGCAGGAAAAAAAGAUGAUAGAUGCUAUUAUUGACAGAGUUCAUCAUGAGGAUGAAAAGAAUAGGAUGGAGAAAAAAUGCAGAGAAUUAGCAACUAAAGAGGAAAUCAAAAAUCAUAUAUUAGCUCAGAAGGCUUUUAAAGAGAAAAAAAUGAAAGAGAUUGAUGAGGAGGAUCGAAGGAACCAGCAGUUUUUGGUGGAGAAAGAACGUGCAAUCGAAAAACUGCGAGCUGAAAAGGAGCAGAAGAAAAUGUUAAAGGCGUCCAUCGUCGAUAAUAUGUUCGAGAAAUUUUUCCUAGACCAGACGCAGAAGCGCAUGAAAGACGAGGUGAUCAAGGAUUUGAAGCGUAUCGAAAUGGAAGAUGCGGCGAACCAGAGGAAGUUGAACAACCAGAAAGAGGCGGAAAAAAUUAAGGCUGACAUGAGAGCGUCUAUAAUUGAACAGAUAAAAGAGCAACAUGAGAGGAAGGAACGAGAGGCUGCUUUGGAUGAUGCUUUAAAACAAAAGAUGCUUGAAAAGUUUUUGGAAGACGAAAAACAGGCAAAACUUCAAGAGCAACAAAGGAGGGAGAUGUGGAUUCAAGUAAGGAAAGAUAAUGAACAGACAAUGAGGGAUAAGCGACAGAAACUCGUUGAAGACAGGCAGAUUCAAAAGCGAUUGCGGGAAGAACAGGAACGUAAAGAUAUUGAGAGAGACAUAAUUGUUAAAGAGGAGAAAAUAAACAUGCUUAAAGAUCACUGGAUGAAUGUGGGCGAACAUGUUCCUAGAAGAAUAUUGCGACCUGGAGAUUUGGACUUUUUAGGUGUGGGAGGAAAUUUAUAAUCUGCCAAAGUAGUGGCGAUUAUUUUAUGAGAAAUUAAGACUUUUAUUUAUUAUUGUAUAUUGUAAAAUGAACUGAUCUCAUAAUACAAAAUACACUUUUUUUAUAAAUAAGGAAA